AUGAAGUUCAGUGCUGACGUCAGUUCAUCUCGCCGUAAGAGCAGAAAGGCUCAUUUCUCCGCCACAUCUGAUGUUCGUCGCAAGAUCAUGAGUGCCCCUUUGUCCAAGGAGCUCCGUGAGAAGCAUAACUGUCGUUCCAUUCCUGUUCGCAAGGACGAUGAAGUUAUGGUUGUUCGUGGUACUUACAAGGGCCGUGAAGGCAAAAUUGUCCAAGUGUACCGUAAAAAGUGGGUGAUCCACAUUGACCGUGUCUCUCGUGAGAAGGUCAAUGGUGCCACUGCUCCCAUUGGUAUCUCUCCCUCCAAAGUUGUUGUCACUAACCUGAAAUUGGACAAGAGCCGUGUCGCUAUUCUCGAGCGUAAGGGCAAGAAGGAUGCUAUGAAGCAGUAA